CUCAAUGAUAUGAAUAAUAUGAGAUUGAUCAUCAAAUAGUUUGCCGGUGCCUCUCACACUCAACCACACUGAUUGUUGCAGUAAACUUCUAAGAUCAAAGCUUCAAGCAUAUAAUUUUCAGUUUUCAUUUAUAUAUAGAUACAAAUCAACCAUCGAAUUCUGAGAUUUUCAGUACUGCCUGGCGUUGGCCUCGAUAUUGAAGAUCAGCUACUGAGAGAAACUUAUUCUUUCCCAACAGGCGGAGAGGAAUCAGUGGAAUUACUGGUAUUUGUCUCUCUGUUUCCUAUUUCUGACUGUUGUUUACUAUCUUUAAUUCUAACAAGUGAAAAAAAAGAAUGGAGGUUUCCCGGCCUCUGCAGGGAAUAGACUGGGUUAUCUUGGUGCUUGUCUGAAUGAAAUUGGAGUUUAUAUACAAAUGUUGAGCCAUGGCCUGCGGAAUUUGGAGUUUAUAUACAAAAGUUGAUCCAUGGCCUGCGGAAUUUUGGAUUUGACUAUCAACGCUUGAUGCUGUAUUUGGGUUAUGGAGAUGCACAAGGUUCUUUAGUUCGUUUUUCUGUAUUGGUGAAAAAAAUUGGUGAAGCGGUUCAAACUUUUGGCGAAAAUAAUAAGCAUGGCGACCAACGACUUCCUCACUCAAAAUGAAGUUGCUAACCCUAGAGUGAGUGCUGCUGAGAUGAGAGAUUCUUCCCAGGCCCAAGUGGUGCCUUUGCUUCAAAUGAAUGCCGAAAAUGGACCGGAAGAUAUGGAGGCCCAGGUAGGAAUAAGGAUGCACUUAUCGAGCCACUACGUUCUUGGGCAUUCCUUGAAAAGGCUCUCGGCUGCUGGGCAUUUGGUGAACAGGCUCUCUUCAAUUUGUCGGAGAAACAUAAGUGUAAAUAAAUAAAUAGGUAAACAAACUUAAAACUUUCUAUGCCUAUAAACAUAAACUGCUUGUUACUGUAUUCAGUUGCUUUCAACUACUAUCGACUUGAUAGUGUGCGGAUGUAUGCUUACUGUAUUCAGUUGCUUUCAAAUACUACCAGCUUGAUAGUUUGCACUGGACGUUUUCAGCUGCUUUUCAAUUUUUAAGAGAAACAUAGAUGUAAAAGAAAAAAAAAGAAGAAUUUUAUAUACCUAUAAAUGCUGUAUUCAGUUGCUUUCAACUACCGCCAACUUGAUAGUGUGCACUGGAUGUAUUCAGCUGCUUUUCAAUUUUAGGAGAAACAUAAAUGUAGAAGAAGAAAAUCCGGCAGAAGACAAAUAUUAUCUCAAAUAUUGGUUAAACCACAUGUUUUGACCCAAGUUGGUGUCAAAAAAAGAUGUGCCUUUCAGAAGUCUCUCAGACUUCGUUUGUUUUCAUUCAUAGCCUGUCUUACAUCUGAGGUACACUAAUAAAGUAAUAAUGGCACUCUUUUUAGACUCAUACGUCAUAAGUAUUCUUCGAGGUGUCAUGUGCAAGUUCGAAUUUGAUCAGCAAUCCUGGACCAUCGAUCUAUAUAACCUGACGUGUUAACUUCACCUGAAGAUUGCUCCUGACGAAGUCCAAGUUUGGGAAGGUCCGUGGGGGGAACUACACGUGUCAGACAGACAACAUAUUGAGAAAAAAUAAAAAUGUCUUUGCUUCGUUGUCAAAAUCAUCCAAAUUCACAAAAAAAGAAAAAAAAAAAAAAAAAAGAGAGAGAGAACAUGGAAAAUAAGGUAGAGGAAGAGGACGAGGUAGGUCCGAUGGCCGCGGAGGAGGAGGAGGAGGAAGAAGGGACGGUGGGGUCGAGCUUGACCAUGGAGAGGGUUGCUGCAGCCAAGCAGUACAUCGAAAACCACUACAAGUCUCAGAAGAAGCACUUACAUGAACGCAGAGAAAGGCGCUCAGUGCUGGAAAAGAAGUUAGCCUCUGCACAUGUAUCAGAAGAGGAACAGAUGAAUCUAUUGAAGGAUUUGGAGCGCAAAGAGACAGAGUAUAUGAGACUUAAAAGGCACAGAAUUUGUGCUAAUGAUUUUGACCUGCUAACCAUUAUUGGGAGAGGCGCGUUUGGAGAGGUUAGAUUGUGUCGGGAGAAGAAAUCAGGUAACAUUUACGCCAUGAAAAAGUUGAAAAAGUCAGAAAUGCUUAGCCGGGGUCAGGUUGAGCACGUGAGAGCUGAAAGGAAUUUGCUUGCAGAGGUUGCCAGUGACUUUAUUGUGAAACUUUAUUACUCAUUUCAAGACACUGAAUACUUGUAUCUAAUAAUGGAAUAUCUUCCUGGUGGUGACAUGAUGACUUUGCUUAUGAGAGAAGAAACUCUGACUGAGACUGUGGCUAGGUUUUACAUUGCUCAAAGUGUUUUGGCCAUUGAAUCAAUUCAUAAACAUAGCUAUGUUCACAGAGAUAUAAAACCAGACAACCUUCUGUUAGACAAAAAUGGUCACAUGAAGCUCUCUGAUUUUGGUCUUUGCAAGCCUCUUGACUGCUCUAAUUUAUCUUCUAUACAUGAAAAUGAAGCCCUAGAUGAUGAGAACUUGAACGAUACAACAGAUGGUGGAUGCUUGUCGGAAAGCAAGAACGGAAGGCGCUGGAAAAGUCCUCUUGAACAACUUCAGCACUGGCAGAUAAACAGGAGGAAAUUGGCAUAUUCAACCGUUGGAACUCCAGAUUAUAUUGCUCCAGAGGUAUUGCUGAAGAAAGGAUAUGGCAUGGAGUGUGACUGGUGGUCACUUGGUGCAAUAAUGUAUGAGAUGCUUGUCGGGUACCCCCCAUUUUACUCUGAUGAUCCAGUGACAACAUGCAGAAAGAUUGUGCAUUGGAAAAAUCACUUAAAAUUCCCGGAGGAGGUGAGGUUGUCACCUGAUGCCAAGGAUCUGAUCAGUAGGUUGCUUUGUGAUGUUGAAUAUAGGCUUGGUACUGGGGACCAAAUUAAGAGUCAUCAUUGGUUCAAAGAUAUUGUAUGGGACAAACUAUAUGAGAUAGAGGCAGCAUUUAAGCCACAGGUUAAUGGGGAACUUGAUACUCAAAAUUUUAUGAAAUUUGAUGAGGUGGAACCACCUAAACCAGCAAGAACGGGAUCUGAACCCAUGAGGAAGACAUUUUUGACUCCUAAAGAUCUUAAUUUUGUUGGUUAUACAUACAAGAACUUUGAGGCUGUCAAAGGGCUACGGCAUUCUAUUGCAGGAAGUGCUAAUAAGUUUGAAGUUGUUGCAGAGGCAAACAGCUACACAUCCCCAAUGCGGUUAUCCACCGACUCUUGUCACAGUGACUCUGCAGUGGAUUACUCUGCUAAACACUCGAUGACAGAGGAGGAGGAUGGCGGAAAAGAUUUACUUGCACCAUAACAGAUGAUUAGAGUCCUCUACACUAAAAUGGAAGGCGGAAGGGAAUGCCAAUGCCUGGUUAUUUUGAGUCGGGUUUUGCCUAAUCAAAUGAAGUUUGCCUGCUACAAAAUCCAGAAACUUCCAAGUGUACAGUUUGUAUGGGAAAGAUUUCAGGAUGACCCAUUAAAAGGGUUGGUUGGUAGGAGCAGUACUAGGAAAAUGAUUUUUCCCCCCUCCCCCUUUUGUUUUUUUGCUUCCUUGAUCCAAAACAAAUGGAGUUGCUGAGAUUUUAGUCAAGGACAUGACUGCCCAGGUUGGUGAACUAAAAAAUAUAUGCCUUCGCUUGUGGCAGUUUCUGGCCUUGUUUUCUCUCCCUCUCAUUGUGAUUAAUAGUAUAGGAAUUCUUUUAUUCUUUUAUUUUUUUAUUUAUUUAUUUUUGGCUGUAUGAAAACAGUGAACACUCUGAAAAUUGGUAUUUAGUGGACUGCCCUGGUUUUGGGUGAGCCAAUGGAAUCGAGUUUUGCAA